GCGUUGGGGGAGCGUUUGAACGAUUGGGAGUAGUUCGACGUUUGGGGUGGGUCGGCGGUGUUGUUCGUUGCCGUCGGGCAGACAAUGAAAGAACGUUACCACUGCAAAUUUCGAAGAUUGACCACAUUUCAACGCGAAGCAGAUGUGCCACGAUGAAAACAUUGGCAACUUGUACACACUGUCUGAUGUGAAGGCAUGCACUGCUGUGUCAGCGCAACAUUUUAGUUCACUGUCACCGAAGCUGGAAAAGUCUAUAGACUGUGUUGACCAGCAUGAAGCUCCACAAAACAACACAUUUCUAGAUAAGUAGGACGUGAAUACACGCGGUGAUUCCUUGCGUCCAUUCACGUGCACUGUUGUUCAAGCAAAGAAUACGGAAACUUAGUCCACAUGGUUGUGUUCUACCGGUUGAGCACCACACACCACGGGCACGAUAUGCGAAAACAAAACGAAUGUGUUAAGAAAGGCACUCCAUCGAAUUCGGUAUGCCGUCUUUUGUGCCCUCGCUGAGACAGCUACGCUCUGCUCGUGGUCCAGAAAUAGUCAUUUUUUUGCGUCCCGUUCCACUGUGUGUUCUUACUGGGUACUAGUGUGUCGAUUGUCGUCAUCGUUUUCUUCGCCUGUCUCAGUGUCACUAAAGUGCUGGCCACUGCCUUCUGUUCUCUGUUCGUUUGCAGUUAUUUCACCCAUGUCCAACGCAAACCCUAGGAAAAUCGCCUCGACGGACCAUCUGCUUUGCGGACCCUCCACCAAUUAAAUCCUCGGUGCCCUUUUACCGGUGACACGAUCUCAUUCUGUCGCCAGCACUACGUCUGACGGAUCGUGAACUGACACCAGGAACUGCAAACAUUUGCACCCGCUUGUGCGUGUCCGACGCGGGUGGGUGGUCCUGAUCCGUUGACGGACGACAGCGCUGUUCCGAGGAUUGUCCGGAUGCGGCCAGCCUGUGUCAGGACACGUCCGCAGUACUUUUUAGUGUGGUUUGUCAGUUCAUUGACUAACUUCUCGGCAGCCGGCUCCGUCUCACUCUUCCUAACGCCCACAACUAGAUAAACGUGAGUGCGGGCGUCUCUCCUUUCUACGUUUCUUGGCGUUCACGGUCAAGCGUAUCAGAGUGACUCUCGCGUCACCGCGGCUUCGGGCUCUCUGCUGUUCGACUACGGGUAAGUUUUCACCACUGGACAGAACAAAAACACUCUUCCCGCCUUCUCCAAGCGUUUCGAUUAAGCUUUGUUUCCCUUCCUCUCCGCAUCUUUUCUGGAAUGGUCCCACCAUCUCCGGGUGCUUCCUGUCUCCUGUCUCGUACCAGACAGCGAAACGUCCUGCCGCUUGCGUGCAGCCUGUGUCUGUACACCGUGACUGUGUGCAGCGCACUUCGUCGAGAUCCGACUUUUCUUCUGAAUCAGUUGAAGAUCGGUCCGCAGUUUGCGCAUUUCUCACCGUUUGUCGAGACUGGCCGCACUUCUUCGCAUUCCGGAGUUUCCCCCUCAACUUUCUCCGGCUCUCUCCGCAGCCGACAGCACGCCUUUACUAUGCGCCCGUCCAGUUUUCCUGCCUUUCUUGUGAAGCUUCCAGCGAAACACAAGAACCAGUGCCGUCAAUCCGCAGCAGCUGUAGCGGGUUCCACUGCUUGUUGGCAAUCUUCAUUGCAUGCCCCGGCCUGCGCUUUCCCUUUUUCCAGAAGGAACGGUGGUCACCCGGAAAGACGCGACGCGCCUUCUCUGUCGUCUCCACGGAGCUCCCCAGCAUCUUUUCUGUCCGUUCUGCGCCCGGUCACAUCGCCUCUCCCCUGCGUGUGGAAAGCCAAAACUCCUCACGCUAGGCCACUUGCCCUUCCUUUACCGCCAGUUAGGACGGCUUCUCUUGCUACCUUUUCGUCUGGCUCAUCCCCUCGUCGCUCUUCAAACCACUCCGAGAUGUCGAGGGUUCCUGCGCCUUUGACUGUCGUCAAGACAGAUCCCACGGCAAUCCCCUUUGUCGGAUGCCAGCCUGCGAAGAAGGUUCGCAUGGAAGCGGUGGACAUCAGCGAAGCUGAAAAGUACUCCGGUGACCUGAUUGUGUUUUCGGUUCUCGCCCCGGGAUGUUUCCACGAUGCCCCGAACGCCUCUCAGCCUCAGAAAGGCCCGAUCGCGCUCCCGGAACUCGCACAAAAAUUCGACGAUGCUGUCGGGCAGGGCAUGCUGAAGGACGCCGUGGAAGCAGCGGACUUCAAAGCCAAAAUGGGCUCUCAAGUCUUUGUCCGUCUUCCCUCCAAGUCCGCGCCAGCAGUCAAGCAGUUGGCGGCUCUCGGCUUCGGCUCCAUCGCGGAAGUGACUCCCAGCGCCGUUACCAAAGCUGCUGCUGCGUUUGCGAGCAUGCUGCUCCGAGGCUCGGGAGAGAAGGCGAAGACCGUGGCUGUCGUUCUGCCUACCUGUCAGAAGGUGUGCCCCUCGGCUGAAGGCCAGCGGAAGACGAGGGAGAUGAAGGAGAGAGUGGUGACCAGCUUCUUGGAGACUCUGCUCGUCGAGCUUCAGCCAGAUCUGAGAUUCAAGGGUGACCGAGAAGAUGGGAAACACUCUGGCCCACAGGUGGAGAAACUUACGCUUUUCACGGAUGAUGUUGAGGCAGUUAACCGCGCCAUUGCCCGCGCAAAAGUCGUCGCGCCAGGAGUCUACUUCGCCCAGGAGCUCGUCAACGCACCCGCAAACUACUGCAACCCUGUGACUCUUGCUCGGGCCGCUGUUGAGAUGGCUAAAGAGGCAGGUCUCGAGGCAGAAGUUCUUCAGCAGGACGAUAUCGAGAAACUGAAAAUGGGCUGCUACCUAGCCGUCGCGAAAGGGUCGCUUUUCCCUCCGCAGUUCAUCCACCUCACGUACAAGUCUUCUAACCCCAAGCGGAGGGUGGCGUUUGUGGGCAAGGGCAUCUGCUUCGACGCUGGUGGCUACAACUUGAAGACGGGCGGUGCUCAGAUAGAGCUCAUGAAGUUCGACAUGGGAGGCGCCGCGGCGGUUCUUGGAGCUGCGCGCGCACUCGGCGAGUUGAAGCCCGAGAACGUGGAGGUACACUUCUUGGUCGCUGCAUGCGAAAACAUGAUUUCGGCCAAGUCGUAUCGUCCUGGCGAUGUGAUCACUGCGAGCAACGGGAAAACGGUUGAAGUUGGGAACACGGACGCAGAGGGCAGACUCACGCUCGCCGACGCUCUCGUCUACGCCGAGAAGACGGUCAAAGCAGACACGAUUGUCGAUGUCGCGACUCUGACUGGAGCUGUCAUUGUGGCUCUGGGCUACAAGUAUGCGGGCCUCUGGAGCAACAAAGAGUGCUUGGCCAGCAGCAUUCUCAAGAGCGCUGAAAAUAGCGGGGAGUGUAUGUGGCACAUGCCGCUCGCGAAAGACUACGCAGAAGCUCUGGACAGCAAAUGCGCUGAUAUGAACAACGUUGGAGGCAAGGGCAAGGGCGGUUCCAUCAUCGCCGCCGUAUUCCUCAACAAAUUCAUCGAACAGGCCUCCUGGGCGCACAUCGACAUCGCAGGAACUGCAUGGGAUAUGAAGACCAGCAUGGCAACAGGCUUCGGUGUACGUACACUCGUCGAGUACAUCAUGGACAUCAGCACACAAACGAAAGAGAACUAGACUUUUUCGUCCCUGUCUCGUCUACCACCAUGCAAACUCUCCAGGUGUUUCCGGGGAUUGCGUUUCGCGAGCAACAGAUGAAGAGAAAAGCGCAGAAGAGGUGGGCGUCUCCGUAAGGCGUCCGCACUCACAGCUUGCCAGCCCAGGGUGUCUCCGGCGUUUGGAAGAAGCGACUUUAUGUUUAGAGAAAAUGUUACAUCGCAGAUGGCGAUCCGUCUAUUUCCUGUGGAUGCGCUGUGACGUUUCUGCUUCGACGGGUCGUCUGUCCCCAUCAACUGUAUGUAAGACAAAACGGAAAUUCGUCUAGCUUGUGUGAACGCACCCUCACACUUCCCCGAGUUGCUGUGCCGGGUUAACUGCCUCCCGAGCACUCAAGACUAAGACACGUUUGCAGAGAAAAGCGGAAGUCGGAAAAAAUAGGAACAACGAGGCGACGCCUGCACCUUUCGUUGUUGGAAUCGGGGACAGCGACUGCUUGUUUCCUGUAUCCCCGGAGAAACAUUUUCACUAGAGUUGACUGCGAACAUCCGAAGCCUCUCUUUUUGGAGUAUCGUGAUCCUCAGAAGGACGCCCAGAAGGCCUGCCGGUCCCGGAUGCCAUUUAUAGCUUUAAGUGAGGUGAUGUCGUUCGGGCGUUCACUUAUCGGGACGACAGCCUUCUAGACGAUUACCUCUACGUCAGGUUUGAAGUGUAGAUUAUCUGGAAGUGAGCCUCUUUUACGCCGAAGGCAAGGAGUGUUUUGCAGAGUUCAUAGAGACAUUUAUUUGGAUUUGGGUGGCAGCUGCUAGGCCGUUGCCCGGGUGUAUCUCCACUCGGCAUCCGUGUAGAGAGGAGACGAUGGAGGUCGGCAACACGGCACGCGUUUUUUGUGGAUUUCGACGAACUGGAAACACUGGGAAGGCAGACUGCGUCGACGACCGGUCAUCGUGUGACGGCUGCUGCGUUAUCCGUACGUUUGCGGCGCGUUCACCUCUCGAACAAGUCGCGUCUGCCCGGCUAUAAUGCGUCUGUUUCUCUUGCGUUUUCUCGGAGUUUUGCCUCACUGAAGUUUCGCUUUUCGAAAAGACAGACGGCUCUGGCUUUCAUUCCAUUUCCCUUCUUUGCUGCCUCUUGGCAUUUCACUCGACUUGCCGCCUCGCCUGAAAUAUCUCGACACUCUGUGCGGGCUCUCGCGACCUCAUCCGCGAGGUGUCUUGACACCGCAGGCCGAAAAGCGCAACGAAGCGGAACAGAGCUUUGCGUGCGAUUCAAAGGCUGCACAGCGGAGAGAUACAGACAAGCAGAAAGUCCGAAAAAGACAUACUCGAAAACCCACAUGCACAUCACAUGGACGUUUACUGCCUCCGCAUGCCGGUUCUGCCUCCUCGAUGUUCACGUUGCUUUAACGAUGGCAGCGUUACUCGACCUCCAUGUCCCUCCCCUGAAACCCACUCCUUCUCUGGAACGGCGGAACUCAGAGCAGCGCACAGGGCAAGAGUACGCGACGCAGAAACUCCGCUACCGAAGAGAGCGUAGAACAGACAGGCAACGAUCUUACGUCCCCUCUCCCGCCCUCGAAGGCCCACCGACGCUGCGCCGCAAGGCAGCAUGAGCCAGCAGAGCGCGGCGUUCGUGGAGAUUGAGAGGGCGAGGUGAAGGAGGAAACACCCCGACAGCAGUCGCCUCUAUUGCCGCUGUUCCGCUUGACGGAGGUGCGUGAGAACGAGGUCCCGGAGACAUGUCGGCAGCUUGCCGCGUCUCCUUUUCAUAGUGUCCUGAAGCCGUCGACAGACGAGAAGAGAGCGCCAUUGACGAAGAUGCAGGUGCGGAAGAGGCUCGAGACCCGGCAAGAGAAUCUGAGUUCGAUGCAAGCGUCGUGGGAAGCAAAGAAGACGCUCGCUGACGACCGGGGGACCUCUCGCUGUCGCCAGCGAUGGCCUUCGCCUCGGAGCCACACCCUGCUGCGGGCCUUCUCGCGACCGGCUCUCCCCGCAGCUCCGUCGAAUCAUCAACACCCCACAAACGGCCAGGUCCGAAGGAAGAAGAAACAGGUGGGUCGACCGAGGAUGAUGACGCGUCCUGAGCUGGAGACGGGGGACGCGGGGAUGCUUUCGGGACCGCGCCACGAGACUGGGAAGGAGCAAAAGCCGAGGAGACGGCUGCGCCCUCUCUCUCGCCGUCCUCCCCGCUUCCGCGUCUUCGUCGCCGCAUGUUUUGAGGCAAACUGUCUCCUUCCGGUUGUGCCGCUUUUCCGUUGCGUUGCUGCUUUCGAAGAAAGGCUUCUCUCGCAUCUCGGACUCGCUGCCGCCUUUCCUCCUCUGUCUCUGUCUGUCUCUCGGCGACCUGCGUCUCCGACGCUGUUGGGGGGGCCUCGGCCGCGGCCCUCUCGGGCCGUGUCUCUUGGGCUCCUCGACCGCGGUCGUCGGUGCCGCGUGCGGGCACUGGAGCCUCAGGGGUCGGCGGCGGGGGCGUGGGUUCAGAGCGC